GAGAGCCCCAAGGAUAGGAGAGAGAGCGACAUAUCCCCCAACGAAUCAAAUCGGGGCGGCCAUCGGCUGGUGAAUCCAAUUUAACACAAAACCGUUUGCCCUUGAUUCGACACUCAGCUCUUGGAAGCGGACGUGAACACACGCUAGUUCUCAACGUACUAAAAAACCUCUCACCUCACCAUGUCGAAGAUCGGAAUCAACGGAUUCGGCCGUAUCGGUCGUCUGGUUCUGCGUGCCGCCGUCGACAAGGGCGCCCAGGUCGUCGCCGUCAACGAUCCCUUCAUCGGCGUCGACUACAUGGUGUACCUGUUCAAGUACGAUUCGACCCACGGUCGCUUCAAGGGAGAGGUCUCCGCCCAGGAUGGCUUCCUGGUCGUGAACGGCCAGAAGAUCCAGGUCUUCCAGGAACGUGACCCCAAGGCCAUCCCGUGGGGUAAGGCCGGAGCCGAAUACAUCGUCGAGUCGACGGGUGUGUUCACCACCAUCGACAAGGCCUCUGCUCACUUGGAUGGCGGUGCCAAGAAGGUCAUCAUCUCGGCCCCGUCGGCCGAUGCACCGAUGUUUGUCGUUGGUGUCAACCUGGACGCCUACGAUCCAGCGAUGAAGGUUGUGUCCAACGCUUCGUGUACCACCAACUGUUUGGCUCCACUGGCCAAGGUUGUCAACGACAACUUCGGUAUCCUGGAAGGUCUGAUGACCACUGUGCACGCCACCACCGCCACCCAGAAGACCGUCGACGGACCAUCUGGAAAGCUGUGGCGUGAUGGCCGUGGUGCUGGCCAGAACAUCAUCCCAGCUUCUACCGGUGCUGCCAAGGCUGUCGGUAAGGUCAUUCCAGCUCUGAACGGAAAGCUGACAGGUAUGGCUUUCCGUGUCCCAACCCCCAACGUCUCCGUUGUCGAUUUGACCUGCCGUCUGUCCAAGCCCGCUAGCUACGACCAGAUCAAGCAGAAGGUCAAGGAAGCCGCUGAAGGUCCACUGAAGGGAAUCUUGGACUACACCGAAGAGGAGGUUGUCUCCACUGACUUCGUUGGUGACACCCACUCCUCCAUCUUUGACGCUAAGGCCGGAAUUCAGUUGAGCGACACUUUCGUCAAGCUUAUCUCCUGGUACGACAACGAAUUCGGCUACUCCAACCGUGUCGUCGAUCUGAUCAAGUAUAUGCAGACCAAGGACUAAAUUAUUUAAACCGUACUCCACCCAAACCAAUUCUCAGGGCUUGAUGCCGCUGAUCUGCUAAACAUAAACGUUGCGUAUCACACACACCGUACACACACAGUAAAACCCAACACCUCAAGUAAAGUACUAAGAAGUCCUCCGGUACGAAUGUUUAGCUAGGGAGGAACCAUGAUGAUUACUACACACUAUUCUGUUUAGUUGAUAAGAUUAAUAAUAAUGAUAAUAAUAAAUUUAAUUGCUAAAAUAUAGAAAAAAAAUGCUGAAAAUUAAUUAUACCUGUUGUGUAUUGUCAAGACAUUGAUAUCAAAACAAAAUACAAACAAUCGCUUAAGGUUAUAGAGAGAGACAGACAAGGAUCUACGUUAGCACCAUUAGUGAUGUGCGCCAGUUGCACUCCGCGUUCCGCAACGCCAUCAAUGGAACGUCGAACAGGGUCGAUGUGGCACGCAUAGGAAACCCGAUCCUGAACAACGGAUCAAAAAUAAUCAUGUAUUUCAUUUUGAAAAUGAUGCAUUAUGGAAAGGAAUAAAACCCUAGAUUGUUACUAGUCGACUAA